AUGUUCGCAUUGUUAUUGAUCUUGACUGGCUGCCAACUGUGGAGUUGGCCCGCUGAGAGUGCUGCCAUUAAUGGACCGGUGCCAAUCCUAAAAUCGUCGGUCGAACAACUCAAUUCUGGCUCGUAUUUGCUUUCCUACGAGACCGCCGAUGGAACUUAUCGCGAGGAACUGGCCAUUGUAAAGCCGAAUGCGAAGAGAACCGAUGAUGACGAUCUGGAGGUAUCCGGUAUUUAUGGUUAUAUCAAUGAAUCGGGCCAGAAGUUGGUUGUCACCUACACGGCGGACAAGAAUGGCUUUUUGCCGCACGUUAAGUACGUCGCCAGUCCAAUGGGGGAGACUAUAAAUAAAUCGCCAUAG